AGGAUAGCAGCAAUGCCAGGGGGGCGAGGAAAGAUGCGUGUGCUGCGUUUCAAACUUUGCCGCUGCCCAAAUUUCCCCUCUGUGGGGGCUGGAGGUGCUUCCCGAGCCUGGCUGCGCCCAGCGUGGCAGCUCCAUCAGCAAUGAUUUACCAGCCCCGGGGAGCCUCCGCCCACAGACCUUUGAGCCAGGGCCUGGCUGCGCCACAGCUGCUCCACGCCGAAAAAUGUUCUCCCUGGGGUCCUGGCUGCUGGUGUGGCCCAGGCUGGCGUGGGGCUGGGCUCUGCUGGAUGCGCUGCUGCAAGGGCUGGUUGGUGCCUGUGCUGUCUCGGUGCUCUGCAGCCUCCUGAAGGUUUAUCUCUACAUCCAGUGUCUGAACGACCCAGCGAGGCAGGAGCUGAAGGCAGCAAUCGGGGCACAGCGGCAGGUGCUGGAGCUGCUGCAGGUGCUGGUGCUGACAGGCGUCUUGGCACUGGUGGGCUCCCGUGUGGCCGCGCUGGUGGUGCUCGAGUUCUCCCUGCGUGCCGUGUCCGCCCUCCUCUCCCUCGGCAAGGGCACCCACAGCAGCCAGCUUCUCGUGCUGUGCCAGUACUCGCUGGGCUGCGGCGUGUCCUGCGGCCUCAGCUUCCUGCUGGAAGGGGCUCCCCACAGGACGAGCAACCUGGCACUGGCGGCGGGGCUGGCGGGGCUGCUGGCCGUGCACGCCCGGCGCUUGGCGCUCCACACCUGCAGCCUCUACGAGCUGCACAGCCGGCAGCGCUACUGCGGCGUCUGCAUGCUGCUCCUCACCGCCGGCCACCGCAUCCCCCGGCUGCUGCGCAAAGCCCUGGUCAUCACCUUCACCGUGGCCGACCUGGCCGCCGUCUCCCUCAUCAACCGCGAUUUCCUCUCCACGGCGGAGGCCGUCCGCUUCUGGACGCCGCUCACCAUCUGCUACACGCUGCUGGUCAUCUACAUGCAAGAGGAGCAGCGGCCGAGCGCAGGCGGGCAGGCGGUCUACCAGAUGGUGCUGGUGCGCAUGGGCGGCCUCUUCAUCCUCCUCCUCACCGUGGGCUGCUGGACAGACAUCCUCCACAUCCUCCUCUCGCUGCUGGGCGAGCUCUGGUGCCUGCUCCGUGCUGGCGUCCUGCUGGAAGCGUGCCGGCGGCAGGAUUUCACCCAGCAGGGAUCGUCCUGAGAAGAAGGUGUAAGUGGGGAUGAGAAACACGGGGUGGCUUCACCCAGCUCCCCAAAUUCUCCCCACCGCGCUGGAGAGCCCUCGUGGGGACCAAGGGAAGAGGGCUCCUGGAAGGCGCUCGACCCCAUCCCGUUGGACACGUGGGGCUGGGGGGGUGCUCACACAGCCCCUGUUUUUGGGGGCGACCCCACAAGGCUGUGACGGUGCUGGGGGUUGGCUCCCUCCUCCUGCUCGGAACGUGAGAUUCUGAUAGAUGUCUCUGUCCUCGGGGGGUGCAUGGCCACGUCGCCAUGGUGUGGGGACCUCCAGGG